AAGAGAGAGAGAGAGAGAGGGAGGGAGAGAGAAAGAGAAAGAGAGAGAGGGGGGGGGAGAGAGAGAGGGGGGGGGGCUGCUAAUACCAGUGACAGAAAACGGCAGCGAGCACACACAGUCUGGAGAGCAGCUGAUGCGUCAAGAUGCUGAGCGUCGCCCUGCUGUGCGUGUGCGCCUUUGGACAUGUCUGCGCCCUCUCCGACAGCGGCAAUUUUUUGGAUGAUAAGUGGCUCGCCGGGAGAUGGGACAAAUUCAGGGAUGAAGUCGAGGAGCCUGGGACAUGGACGCCAUCCAAGGCCUUUGAUCAAGGCCUUGAUCCAGCAAAGGACCCCUGUCUGAAAAUCAAAUGCAGUCGUCACAAGGUGUGUGUGGCUGAGGAUUAUAAGACUGCCACUUGUGUCAGCCAGAGGAGAGUUAGUUUUAAAGAUGCCAACUUGUACCAGAGUCCAGGGUCAAAGUGCAAACCCUGCCCAGUGGUUCAUCCUAUUCCCGUCUGUGGAACCGACGGCCACACCUACUCCUCCAAGUGUAAGCUAGACUACCAGGCAUGCAUCACAGGAAAGAAGAUCGCUGUGAAGUGCCCUGGCAUGUGUCCUUGCCCCUCUCAGCCUGAACCCAGCUCUGCGGAGAAGAAAGUGUGCAGUGAGUCGGACCUAAAGGAGGUGGUGAGUCGACUGAGGGACUGGUUCAGAGUUCUGCAUGACAACGGCAACCACAAGAGAGUCAAGAUCCAGAAGCCAGAGAAGAACAAGUUUGAGGCCGGGGCCUCGCCUAUUUGCAAGGACCCUCUGGGCUGGAUGUUCUCCCGCUUGGACACAAACUUCGACCUGCAGCUGGACCAGUCAGAGAUCAAGAGCCUUUACCUGGACAGGAACGAGCCGUGCUCCGAUGCGUUCUUCAAAUCCUGCGAUAAACAUGCAGACAAAGUCGUAACCAGCUCCGAGUGGUGCACGUGCUUCCAGAGGUACACAGAUUCCCCUUGUAAAGGAGAGUUGUCCACUAUCAACAAAAAGCAAGCAGGGAGGAAGCUCCUUGGUCAGUAUCUGCCGUCCUGUGAUGAGGAAGGUUACUACAGGUCCCACCAGUGUCACAGCAGCAGUGGACAGUGCUGGUGCGUGGAUCGCUAUGGCAACGAGGUGGCUGGUUCACGCACCCAUGGCCCUGCAGACUGUGGUAGGCAAAACCCUGAGGAGAGCAGAGAGUCAAGCGUGAUUUUGGAGUCUUCUGGAGACCUCGGCAGUGGAGACUCGCUCUUCACCGACGAUGAUGAAGAUUCAUUUGCCCGCAACGACCAGGCUGGGAUGGACGAUGAGGACGAUGAAGAUGAGGACGACGACGAUGACGAAUAUCUGUCAUAAUUUCUUUUUUUAAACAAAAGAAAAAAAAAGAGAAUACUUUUCAAUUUAGUUUCUUCUUCUUUUCUUUUCUUUUGUCAAACUGCACGUUUCUAGGCGACUCCCCGGGCAGAUACCUAAUCGUACUAACAGCCUAUGGACUUCUCUCUGUGUAUUGUUUGUUUAUAAGUUAAAAAGAAAAAGAAAAGGAAAAAAAAAAAAGAAUAUUCCUGGAAAACACUUAUGAGUUCUUCUCCUGUCUAAGUAUAAAUUUGAUUGGUUUGAUGGCACUUGUACACUUUGUGUCAACCAACCACAGAAUAUGACGAGGACUAUUCAACAAACCGCUCCAGUGCUUUGGAUUUGGUCACUUUGGUGCAAAGACCUCUCCCGUCAUUGGACACUCCUUGUACUCUAGUGUGCCCCGUCUUUGUGCAGCGCUCCAAUGCCUGAGUGUGCUGAUGCCUGAGGCGCAAUGUUAAAGAGAUUUCUCUUCUUCAUCCCUUCACCCCCCACCCCACCCAUUCACUCCUUUUUCAAAUGUCCCUGCGUAUAGGUGGGAUGUUGACGAUGUAGAUAAGAGAAUAUUGCACUCUUAAGGUUUCUUUUGAUCUUGAUUUGUAACUGUGACUGUAACUGUGUGGAAAAACAAGAUAAGAGUUAGACAUGCUUCAUUAGGAGAAAUAAGGCAAAAAAAAAAAAAAAAAAUAGAGUGUGAGUUUGAUAACAAUCAGAACCGACAUGCUUGCUGUUUUCACUGAGGCACAAAUCAAGUCAAAUCAGCAACAAGGAUCAGCAACAGGGAAAGAUAAAUUACUGCUUGGUCGGUGGCGUUAGGGGGGAAAUACAUUAUUGUUAUCUAUUUUUCUAAUCCACCGCCGGAUGAAAACAGAGGAUGAAACAGAUUUGUCGUAGUACGUCUAAUACUGUGUGAUGUCUGUAGCACCAGAGGCUAAACUCAAACUGGAGCUGGAGGUUGAAAAAUUCCCUCGAGCCUGUGCAGAUGAAACCACACAUAUAUCGUCAUAAACUGCUUAAAGCCGCAAAUCUCGGCGAUGAAAACGUUGACGGACCUUUAAUAUGUCGGCGAACUCAAAGAAAAAACCUCAUCAGCCUUCAGAAGAAGACAUGGUGGUUUUUUUUAUUAUUAUUAUUUUUUCCAAUUCUUGGACUUAGACUCUCGGAAGUCUUGGACUUCGUUUUAAUUUGAGCACACGGUAACAGAACAAAUCUCUUGCACAGAAAUUAAACCACACAGCCGUGCAGACCUGUGGACAGUGUCUGGAGGGGAUAGAGGAUGGGGGGUAAGGUGUGCCUUGUACUGGUAUGGACAGAUGGCAGUAAUAGUUGGAGAAGCAUGCUUACUGGACUGACUUAAGCUCGUCAUUACACCGCAUAAGAGUGGCUGUACUGUUAAGCUCAGAUGCUUUUGGUAUGGCUUGUGUUUGGGGUCUCUUAUUACGGUGUUACAUAGGCCAUAUAUCAGAUAAUUUGAGUUGUUACAUAGGAUCGCUAGAAUGUAAAGAAGCACAGAGAUAACUAGCAGUUAAGUAAACACUUAGUUUCUGCUGGAUUUGAAAAUGUUUUAUAUAUUAGUACACUGGCUAGAGGAAGCUUUGGUUAAGACAGCUUUAUAUGAUAUAUAUAUUAAAAAAAGGAAAAAAAAAGAUGAUCAUCUCAACAGUGUUUUUUGCUUUUAUUUUGUUUCAAAGGCCUAAUUUGUACCUGAACUGCUCUAAAGACUUAAGUGUAUAUCUGCCAGGGUUGGAAACUGAAACUGAUCCCAGAUGUGUGUAUUCUUGAUAAAGUCCUGUGACCAGACCUGGGACUCUGCUGUACUAUAUUUUCAAUUAUUAAUCUGCUGUCUCGCUUCACUUGGAAUCGAAAAAAUUCCUGUUGAAAUUCCACGUUAAGAGCUGAAAAGUGCCAUUUACUUGUCCAGUAGUCCUUACAUAAUCAUUAUUAUUAUCAUAAUAAUUGUUAUUAUUAUUACAAUUUUGCUCCCCUCAUUCCUUUUAACUUGGAAUUUCAAAACACUUUACGAAAGUGGAAAACCUUUCAGUUUUUAAGUGCGCUGUCUCCUGAGUGUGAUGACAUGCAAAUCAUUCUAAUGACCUCAGACACUGUAGCCACUCUCAACCACUCACACACUGUCAUCACAGCUCUGAUAGUGUUUAAAGGUUAUGAUAAAGAUGCAUUUUUUACAGUGUAUGUAUGAUUUGCUGAAAUAAAAGCUAUAUUGACCAA